AUGCAAAUUAUACAUGGUGUCCAUAGUCUGUUCGGCUCGGCUCGGCUCUCGAGCGUCGUCAAGGAUGUAUGUGUGAGCCCCAACGAGGAAGAAGAUGAGCCAAGUGGUGGAGCGGUUCCUCGGCUGGCACGUCGUGUCUGCGGCCGGGGCCGAUCCGGGCUGUACAUUUUGCUCGAUGUCUCCAGCCAGCCGGCGACGACCCCCCGCGUUGGCUUUGAGAAAAAGAUGAUGAUCAAAAAAACUGUAUGGCGGGAUGGGUAUUCUGUACAGGGACCAUGUUUGCUCAACCGAAACAAGUAUACAAAUCCCAGCAGCUCCCAUUUGAUUUCAGUCUGUAGUUUUCCAAGGAUCAAGCCAGGCCUAUCCUCUCGAAUCCUUCAGGCCCAUGACCCUUGGGAUAGUUCUCGUGCUGAUCAUCUUCAUCUCCAGCCACGGGAUAAAACAUCCACUAACAUCAUUUGGUUUGCCUCCUCUACUCUUUUCCCGCUCCCCCAAAAGCCUCGCUCCACCCUGAAAGCCAACCUAACCAACCAAGCAACCGUCCGAACCGUCUCGACCCGCGCUGUAUUUCAAGCGAAGGACUUCAUCGUUUUCUCCCGCAACCGACAAAGUCAAAUAAUUUAUAGAACAAAAACCUUGCAACUCGCCCCAAGAGCUGACUCUUGCACUCCAUCCGACCACUCCAAUCGGCUUGUCUCGACUUUGGGCCCUUGGAUCACUUCGCAAACCACUUCAUCAAUCGAAUCUUCGAUCCAUCAUCAUCCAUCCACUGACUCUCCGAUGCAUAGGCCUCUUCUGCGGCUAUCCAUAUCCAUACCCGCUGAACUGUAA